UCUAUCCGUUGUUCAGAUCUGGUCUAGUUUUCGAUUUCUUACCUGCGUUCUCUUCACCUAAAACGUUUCUUUGACGAGCAUUUCUCGUUUUCGGCUCUCGCUCUUCUUGCUGUCAAUUACCGCGUUCUAUAAAAUAUGACGACGGAAGAAGUUAAAGCGCACGAGGGUGACGGCGCUGACGCCGCUGCGGCUUCGCCUCCCGCUGCUGCUCCUCCAAGCGACGAUGUUGCUCCUGCUGAUGCUGCUGCUCCUGCUCCUGCUGAUACUGCUGCUGCUGACGGCGAAACGACGAAGGCUGACGGCGAGCCAGCUAAGGCAGACGGCGAGACGUCGAAGGCUGAACCCGAGGCUGUGACGACGCCUGCGAAAGACGCCAAAGAUGCGAAGACGGACGAGAAGCCGGCGGGCGAGGAAGGCACGAGUCAUCGGCGGCGGAAGCGCAAGAGCCUGUGGGACACCGAGGGCCCUGAUGGCAAGAAACUGGAGUCGCCUGCCGUCCUCGCAUCGCCCAGCGCAGCCGGUAUCUUACCCGGAGCCGUUUCCCCCGCGAUUUCCGGUAUUCCUGGCUUGCCACUGGGUGCUGGAAUGCUCCCCGGUGCUGCCGCUGCGAUGAUGAUGCCCGGAGCAGCCAUGGCGCAGCAGGCGCAGCUGCUGCAGCAACAGCAGCUCUUACAGAUGCGCGCGUUGGCUCAGGCGAAGAUGGCCGAGGCAGCAGCGGUGCAGCAGCAGCAAUCCACAGUCACUCAGUCGAAUGCCCAGUGCCGCAUCUACGUGGGCAGCAUCUUCUACGACCUCACAGAGGCGGACAUUCUCCUCGCCUUCUCCCCUUUCGGUCCUAUCACCAAGAUCGACAUGCCUAAGGAUGCGAGCACGGGCAAGCACAAGGGCUUCUGCUUCAUCGAGUUCACCACCCCCGAGACUGCCUCCACCGCCAUUGCUGCAAUGAACGACUUCACCCUCGCUGGACGGCGCAUCAAGGUCGGUCGCCCCAACAACAUUGCCUCCCCCUCUCCUGCCGCGCAAACCAUUGCCAACCCUCUCGCGUUCAACCAGGCUGCCUUGGCUGCGCCCAACCCUAAUCUCCUCGCUACUGCCAAGCUUCAGGCCCAGGUGAUUGCAAGCAGCAUCAACCAGAAGAUCCCCGGCGUGGCGGAGAUACCGACACAGCCGGCGGUGAACACGCGUGUGUAUGUGGGCUCCAUCGUCUAUGACCUCGCGGAGCCCGACAUCAUGGCCAUCUUCCAGGCCUUUGGAACCAUCAAGUCGUGCCAGCUCAUCCCCAAUCCUGACACUGGCAAGCACAAAGGCUAUGGUUUCGUAGAGUUUGAGACAGAGGAAGCGGCCAAGGGCGCCAUCCAGUGCAUGAACGGCUUCCAGCUGGGCGGCAGACAGCUCAAGGUCGGGUGGGCCUCAGCGUCGCAUGCGCCAUCCUCAGCCCCAGCCGCGUCCCCCGCAGCCCCCACCUACCCCGGCGUCAUCCCUGGCAUGCCCGCCAUCCCUGGCUUCCCUGGCGCAGCAGGAGGAGCAGGGCUCAUGGGGCCGGUGCCUGGAGCGGUUGCCGCUACCCCAGCAGAGGCGGCAGCCUCUCUCCCCGCGUCGCCGUGUCGCUGCAUUGUGAUGCGCAACAUGGUCACACCGGAGGAGGUGGAUGACGACCUCCAGAGCGAGGUCACGGAUGAGUGCGGCAAGUUUGGCAAGGUGGAGCGGGUCGUCAUCUAUCAGGAACAACAAUCGGAGAAGCCAGGAGAUGCGAUUGUGAAGAUCUUUGUUCUCUUCUCGGGCACCCCAGAGGCGCAGGCAGCACAGCAGUCCCUGCACAACAGAUGGUUUGGAGGCCGACAGGUCAUUGCAAGUUUCUAUCCGGAGGUGCUUUUCGCACGAAAUGACUUCUCUCGUUGAGUGCAUUGGUGUCCGCCUCAGUGCGUUACAGUAGCUAGUGUUUGACCCUUUCCUUACUAAUCACAAAUAGUAGAUACCAGUAUGCCUUGAUAUUCAUUUCGUCAAGGCUUGAAUGGAACUCUGCGAUGUGUGCCAAUUUGUGCUUAUUAGAGGAGGGAUAUCUAAACCUUGGGGUUACAGUUAGGCUUGUGCGUCAUUGCUCAAUUACACUCUUC